AUGAUCCUCAUCAUCGGCGCUGGCAUGGCCGGCGUAACGCUAGCCCGCUACCUCUCCAGCAGAAACAUACCAUUUCGCGUCUUCGACCAGCAAGCGGAGUUCAAAAACCAAGGGUUUGGUUUGACGUUACGCGGUGAUACGAUCAGUAAACUACUUCCUUUAUUAAGCUUGAAAGAGCAGGAACUUGGUCCCGCCGUGGCUGUGGAUCGUAAAACUGGUAAGACGAACGCCUUCUUGGUAAAUGUAGUGACGGGGGAGAGAUUUGCGGCGGCAAGUUUCAAAGAGGGCGCGAGCACGAGGGACUUCAGGACGAAUAGGGAGAGGCUGCGGGGUGUGAUCAUGGGCGAUGUAGCCGGGAGUGUGGAGUACGGAUGCAAGUUGGUGUCGUUCAUGUUGACGACUUCUGGAGUGCGCGUGGUCUUCGAGAAUGGAGUCGAUGUGGAAGGUUCCGUGCUCGUCGCCGCAGACGGCGUGCACUCUUUCAUCCGCUCACGACUCCUCCCGCACUGCGUCCCGCAAGACUGGGACGGCGUCAUGUUAAAUGGUACAUGUCGCUUUCCGAUAACAGAAUGGAAUGCCAAGAUAGGACCGCAUAUUGGUGAUGCAGCCGUGUAUCCUGGGUUCGGUGAUCAAAAAGUUCUCGCGAUCACGAUUUACGACGCCGAUUGGGACCCUUACUCCGGAUAUGUGAAUGUGUCCUGGGGCUACUCGAGGAGGAGGAAGCAGGGCGACGAUCCGCUUUUCGUCAGGUACGCGGAACGGGGGUUCGAUAAGGCAAAGGCGCCGGAUGCUUUCUGGGACGAGAUUGCGGCGCUGCCUCCGAGGGAUCUGGUGGAACCAUUUCGAACGAUUUUUGAAGGUAUGAGAAAGCGUGGCGACAGAACUAUACACCAUCAGCUGGUUAGUUUGCUCGUUCCUAAGGAAGACCUCCUCUCUAAGCUGCAGUCCGAUAAAGUUGUCUUCAUAGGCGAUGCGGUACAUGACUGGAGUAACCAUGCUGGAACCGCGGCGAAUGCGGCGAUUCAAGAUGCGCUGGCGUUAGGAGAGGUGCUGCAGACGAAGGCGCAAUUGGGGGAAUAUUACGAAGACAGAUACCCUAGUUGGCUAGAGUCUUAUGAGAAGAAUGGGGAAGACUUCCAGGCGUUGCAUAGGCCGAUCAAAGAGUGGCGGGCGCUGCUAGAUGCGCAAGACGUGGAGCAGGAGAAGGCGGAGCUCAGGAUGAACGCUGCUCCUGCUGCACAGUUGUAA